AUGGCUCCUAAAUACACGAUUUUGUUGCCAACUUACAAUGAGAGAGAGAAUCUUCCAAUCUGUGUUUGGUUACUGGAGAAAUAUAUGAAGGAUAAGGAUUACGAGGUGAUUGUGAUAGAUGACGCGAGCCCAGAUGGCACAGGCGAAUUGGCUGCAAAGCUACGUGAUGAGUUUGGCGAAGGCAAGAUUAUACUCAAACCAAGAGAAGGAAAAUUGGGGCUUGGAACGGCAUAUAUUCACGGUCUUAAAUAUGCGCGAGGACAGUUUAUAAUAUUAAUGGACGCAGAUCUAUCCCAUCAUCCAAAAUUUAUAGUAGAAAUGAUAGAACUCCAGAAGAAAGAGAAUCUCGAUAUUGUAACUGGCACGCGGUAUGCUCUUGGUGGAGGAGUUUCAGGUUGGGACUUGAAACGGAAAGCUAUAAGUAAAGGAGCCAACUUUCUUGCUCAAUUUCUACUACGGCCUGGUGUUUCCGACUUAACAGGAUCAUUUCGUCUCUAUCGUAAGGAAGUUCUUGCUCGGCUUAUAAAUGAAUGUGUCAGUAAGGGAUACGUAUUCCAGAUGGAGAUGAUGUUCCGUGCAAGCAAAGAAGGCUACCGUAUCGGUGAAAUCCCCAUAUCGUUUGUUGACAGAUUUUUCGGUGAGUCGAAACUGGGCACUCAAGAAAUUGUGGGUUACAUAAGAGGUUUGUUGUACCUGUUCUUCUGCGUUAAUUAG